AUGGCGUAUCCAAUUGUAUGGCAAAUAGAAGAUGUUUUCUUUCCAAUUAUUUCAAUCAUUGGUUUUCCUGUUAACUUGGUGGCAAUAAUGAUCCUGUCCCGAGGAAAGUGUGGUCUCUCCAAGUGCAUCACUUAUUACUUGAUUGGAAUGGCAGUGGCUGAUCUCCUUGUCGUUGUCUUUGAUGCCAUAUUGUGGAUCACUGUUCCAAUUUAUUUUCCGAAUUCAUUCGUGAAAAUUACUCCUAUGUGUAGUGUUCUUUCUGCCCUGGGGUCAGCCUCCACAGUGAUUUCUGUCUGGUUCACAGUCACAUUCACUUUUGACCGAUUUGUGGCCAUUUGUCAUGAGAGAUUGAAAGUAAAAUUUUGCACCGAGAGGACUGCAGCAGGAAUUCUAGGUACCGUGACCGUGCUGGGCUGCCUGGAGUCUUUACCCUGGUAUUUUAUGUAUGUGCCACGAUCCAUUAUUGAUAAUAUUCCAUGGGGCUGCACCCAUAAACCGAGUUAUUUCAAUUCCCCUGCAUGGGCUGCAUUUGAAAUAAUCAAUUACAUUUUAACCCCUUGUGUACCGUUCUUUCUCAUCUUGCUUUUCAAUGUGCUGACUGUUAGGCGUAUUUUAGUGAGCAGUCAAAUCCGUAGGAGUCUCCGUGGUCAAAAAUGUGGAGAGACGCAUAAGGAUGUGGAGACGGAUAACCGGCGAAAAUCCAUCGUUUUGCUGUUCAGUAUAUCGGUCAGCUUUGUGCUGUUGUGGGUGACCCAGGUUGUGUACAAUAUUUAUGCACGAAUUACAGAUAUCCGAUAUUACAACUCCUACACAGACCCAUGCUUUAUCACAGAUCGCACAGCGAAGAUGCUGCAACUCCUCAGCUCCUGCACUAACACAGGUAUUUAUGCUGUCAUCCAGGUUAAAUUCAGACAAGAGCUAAAGAAUGCAAUCACAUACCCGUUCAAGCAAAUUACUCAACUGUGGAGUAGGUGGAAUGGUAUGAAAUUUGAGAAAUAA